CCACCGCCUCCGCCCGGCCGCCCGCCCGGACUGUCGCGGCCCGUGGUGGCGACGGCGGCGGCAGCAGCAAAGUUUCCCCGGCGGCGGCCCGGGGGCGCAUCCCCCCGCAACUGUCAAGCGCUGGCGGCGGAAAUGAUGAGGCGCUGGCCAUUUUCCGAGCCCGGGUUUCCUGCCUGAGCCCCGCUCGAGCGAGCCGCGAGCCAGGAGCCGGCGCGCGGGAGAGAACGCGCCCGGGGCGGGGGCCCGCCCGCCCCCUCGGGAUUUCGGGGGGCCGGGGGCGUGCGACGCCAUGGGCCGGCCGGGCCCGGACCCCCUCUCUCUCAGCCUGGCCGCCCCACCUCGGUCUCCGCCAUGAACGGGCCCACCCUGCAACCCUCCUCGGCCUCCUCCGCGUCCUCGCCCUCCUCUUCGGCCGCCGCGACGUCGUCGCCGUCCCCGCGGGGCUGGAGCGAGUUCUGCGAGCUGCACGCAGUGGCCGCAGCCCGGGAGCUGGCGCGGCAGUACUGGCUCUUCGCGCGCGAGCACCCGCACCACGCGCCCCUGCGCGCCGAGCUCGUGUCGCUGCAGUUCACCGACCUCUUCCAGCGCUACUUCUGCCGCGAGGUGCGCGAGGGCUGGGCGCCAGGGCCACCGGGGACCCGGGCCGCGCCGCCCGCGCGCGACUACCGGGACACGGGCCGCGGGUCCCCGUCCAAGGCCGAGGCAGCCCCGGCCGAGUCGGGCCCGGGUCCCGCCGCCCCUGCGCUGCCCAAGGCCCGUAGCUCGGAGGAGCUGGCCCCGCCGCGACCGCCCGCCGCCUGCACCUUCCAGCACCUGCGCCACAGCCUGCGCCACAUCCUGCGCCGCGGCUCGGCCGGGGAGCUGCCGGCCGCCACCGGGGCCGCGGGGGAGGCGGGCGAGGGCCCGGCCCGCUCCGGCCUGGCCAGGAAGCUCCUGCCCUGGAGCCUGGCCCGCGAGCCGCCUCCCGAGGCCCUCAAGGAGGCGGCGCUGCGCUACAGCUUGGCAGACGAGGCGUCCAUGGACAGCGGGGCGCGCUGGCAGCGGGGGCGGCUGGCGCUGCGGCGCGCCCAGGGCCCCGACGGCGGUGCAGACCGCGUGCUGGAGCUCUUCGACCCGCCUAAGAGUUCAAAGCCCAAGCUACAAGCAGCCUGCUCCAGUAUCCAGGAGGUUCGGCGGUGCACACGCCUCGAGAUGCCGGACAACCUCUAUACCUUUGUCCUGAAGGUGAAGGACCGGACAGACAUCAUCUUUGAGGUGGGGGACGAGCAGCAGCUGAAUUCCUGGAUGGCCGAGCUCCGGGAGUGCACAGGCCAAGGCAGGCUGGAGAGCACAGACCCAGAGACGCACACUCCCUCAGCCCCCGAGUCUGGCACAUCCAACUCCCCACGGGGAAGCACAGAUUCCCUGAACCAAGGUGCUUCUCCUGGGGGAUUGCCGGACCCAGCCUGUCAGAAAACAGAUCACUUCCUGUCCUGCUAUCCCUGGUUCCAUGGCCCCAUCUCCCGGGUGAAGGCAGCCCAGCUGGUUCAGCUGCAGGGUCCUGAUGCUCACGGAGUGUUCCUGGUACGGCAGAGCGAGACACGGCGAGGGGAGUAUGUGCUCACGUUCAACUUCCAAGGCAUAGCCAAGCACCUGCGCCUGUCGCUGACCGAGCGAGGCCAGUGCCGAGUGCAGCACCUCCACUUCCCCUCCGUCGUGGACAUGCUCCACCACUUCCAGCGCUCUCCCAUCCCACUCGAGUGCGGUGCUGCCUGUGACGUCCGCUUGUCCAGCUACGUGGUCGUCGUCUCCCAGCCACCAGGUUCCUCCAACACCGUCCUGUUCCCUUUCUCCCUUGCUCACUGGGAUUCGGAGCUGGGCCUUCCCCACCUUAGCUCUUCUGGCUGUCCGCGAGGGCAUGGCCCGGAGGGUCCCCCCAGCCGGCCCUCCCCCCCAGAGCAGAUAUUCCACCUGCUGCCUUCGCCUGAGGAGCUGGAAAACAGCCUGAGGCACCUGGAGCCUGAAGCUGCCAGUCGAGCCCGGGACUCAGACUACGAAAUGGACUCCUCCUCCCGGAGCCAUCUACGGGCCAUAGACAAUCAGUACACACCUCUCUGACCGGUGGUGAGGAAUCCCGGGCCUCACACAUGGCCCCGAGGAGCACAAGCAAGCGGAGAUGUGAACUUGUGAAUGUAAUUUUCUUUCCUUCCUUCCAGAGAGAGAGUUAAGGGACACUGUUAACUGCUCCAGUUUCGAUGUGACCCUUCUAUUUGGCCUGUUAAAGGGCCUCCUGUAAGUUUCAUCGUCCACCACCUGUUUACAGAUGUAGUUCUUGUUCGCAGAUGCCACCAGUUCCUGCCCUGAGUCCCCAGGACCAGUCCCAUCCUCUUACGGGAGGUGGUGGGUGAGGGCCAGAGCUGGCGGCAGAAUCUGGGCUCUCUUUUUCACUGACACUGUCACAGCUGAUGGCAGACUUUCGGGGGGAUGGGGGUGGGGAGGGUUGUCAGGAAGCCCAAAACACUAACAAGCCCUGGAUUCUCCUAUGGUUUGCCUGUUGUAGCCUCAGUCCACGUGGCAGGUCUGCUGUCACCCACGUCAUAGGUGAACACACACCGCUCCUGCUCUGACUUGCAGCUUUAGGACAAAGCUCAAGGUUAAAAAUUUUUUUAAACAUUUUACCUCAGAUUAAUUUUUCAAAGGAUUCAGGUUUCCAAACUCAUUUAUUGCUUAUGUCAUUGCACUCUUUAAACUAAUACCCAUGCGAUUUUGUAGUUCAGAGACAGCUAUGCAAACUCUACUUAACUAGUUCCCAGUCUGAGCCAGCACGUCUGGCUUCCACGUCUUUCAUCCUCAGGACAGUCACCUGCUGCUGAGUAGCCACUGUCCUUACUAAUGAAGAGAAGUGAAAUACGUCACCCUUUCAGGGAAAUUCAGGCAAUUACUGAAAUAGGAGGGUGGCAAGGAAUAAUUCUACCCUGGUGCCUUAUGAAUAAAAAACUGGAUUCUGGUUAAUAGCAGUUUUAUGGUGAGAGUUAAACUAGUUUAACCAAGGGGUAAGGGAAGGGACAAGCAAAAAGAGAGGAGGGGCUCCUGGGCCAUCCUUCACCAACGGGGCUGGCUCAGAAAACCCCAGACAUCUAAUGGCUUAUAAACUAUCCCACAAGGUUUUAGGCUCGUUCUUGAGCCAAAAGAGGAGCUGGGAAUCUGGUGCCACAGCUAAUGAGAAACUCCUUUAACAGCCACAAUCAGCGUUCUGUGCCAGCCACUCACUGCUUCUCUUGAUGAGGAAUGUGUGCCCGCACUCGCGGGCACACUCACGGGCACGCAGCGUCUCCGCCAGCCGGGGGCCUGCGGUCGAGCCUCCCUCUAUACUUGCCUUUCACCAGUAAUACAAUUCACAGGGGAGCUGGCUCCCCCCAGGACUUUCACACAGAGGCUCUAAAACAAGGGGGCAGUGACGGAGUGGAGCCAGCUGCUCCCGGGUGCCAGCAGCAGGCUCAUCCAUGUGGCUUCUAGGAAACUGGGAGUUCAGCACAGCUUAACCUUUACAGAUACAUCAGUCAGAGGCUAAAUUUAAACCCGGGCCUAAAACUACUGCUUGCCUUAUCUGGGGGGACGGUUCGGUUUGCUCCCUCGAGCCAUUCUCUGUAUUCCCAGAAGUCAGACUUUUGAUUCUAGAAUUUUCUGGGGUUUUCUUUUUUUGGGGGGGGGGCGUCGAGGGGGCCAAGCAGUCACCUCUUCACCACUUUAGAAACCAACACUCCUGGGUGUGUCCAGUAGAUUAUAAAGCAGAUCAAAUCCAGAUUUGUGGUUUUUUUCUAUGUUCUGAAUUUCUCUUAGAGAAAACUCCUCAAAGGAAGUGCUGAGAAGGCACUGGUACAGAUUGUCCCCUUGGCUGCACAGGAAAGGGGCCAAGUAGGCACAACCCACAUGAGUCCCGUCCCUCUAGCCAGAAGGGACGGAAUCUAAACACCUGGAAUGUGACAUCGUUAAGCCAGGGACCCUCACUGCUUAGCUGCUCACCAUACAAUUCUCAGGUAAUACGAAAAGGCAAGCCAGGCACAGCAAACUAGCAGCUCUGACCCACUGGCUAUGAAGGACAAGUCCAGACUCAGCAACAGAAAACUGGAAGUCACCCACCUCCAGACUGCUUCAGUUAAUAUGCUCAAGAAAAACACUUCCUUUUAAAACAUGUCCGAGUUCCCAGGAGAGCUCAAAUACGGCACCCCAAAAAGCCCCCUCAGGGCCUGAGAAGAAGUGACACUGAGCCACUGCCUUUUCUUUCUGCUAGAGCAGGUCGAGAUGGAGGAAAAGGAGCCGUGGGUCCCCUGGGCUAGAAGCCUUCUUCACAGGCAGUGACCCUGCUGGCUACAGUCAGCCCAGCAUGGUCACAGCACACCCCACCACCCUCCUGGCCCCAGGGUGACUGGCAGCAAGAAGCCAAGCCAGCAGCCUCCACCGAGAGCCCGGGCUCUGAGUGCCCAAGGGACAGUAAGCACCAUGAUCCCUCCAGUUAGCUCUAAGGACAAGACAACAAGGAUAGCUUGACUGCUCCCAGCACCAUCACUUCCUUCUUCUGUCUUGAAUGAACUUUUACAUACUAACAGUCACCAGCACCAAAGAAUUAAGUCAACUAACCUGCCUUGAAUUUUAGACCAGCAAUCCAUAUGGCUUUAUCUGGUAUAAAUCUUCUGCCUUUGAUCAUUUCUGGACCGUGUAGGAAAAAGGAAUAGCAAUCAUUAAAAUCUUAGGCCAGAAAACACUAUUUUUACAUAACAGUUUCUUAACCUAAAAUCAAGGCCUUGAACUCUUCCCUAAGUGUUGCCUGAGAUUCCUUCAUGCUUUUAAUUCAGGGCUACGUCUCUUAUUGCAAAUGUCACGUGAGCUCUAACAUCUCCCACAGGCUUGAGGAACUUGAAAGUAUAUUAUCCACCAUUAACAAGGACACAUCGGACACCCAGUGUUUGGCUGGAAUAAGCAGCACAUUGUAAUGACAACGGCGUAAAUGGAUCCAUUCUGUAUCAUUAUAGGCAGAAGAUAUUUGGCAAAUUUUUAUGUAUUGUUUAUGUACUGUACAAGUAACUUAUUCUUGAAUAAUGCAAAUUUUGCUAUAAUGUACAAAUUGCUACACAUGAAUUAAAAGUUUUCAGAACUGA